AUGGACACUACUGUUGAGGAGGCUACCAUGUUGCUGUUGAAGAGUCGCCCUACCGUCGUUCUGAUUCGCGAGGAUGCCCAAUCCAGCGCCGCCGUCUCGACAUUCGAUUUCAAGGAUCUCAAUGCUUAUCUACUAGUUGUGGUUGGACUGGCGAAGCCCGAGGAAGAUCAAAUCGAGGCCUCGAACAACGUCGCUGAAAAGGCACAGAAAGGAGAAUCCAUCACUUUGAAGGAGAUCCAACCGCUGUGCCGCAAAGAAGCACUCGUGACGCUGCCAUCGCUGAGCAACCUCGCUCAAGCAAUGGAAGUGCUUGGAAGCGGAGUCCACCGAUUACUGGUGACAAAUGAGUCAGAGGAAGCAGUCGGUAUAAUGAGUCAAUUACGCCUGGUCGAGUUCUUCUGGAACGAAGGCGUCAACUUUGCUUCCAUCGACCAACUGUACCCGCUGAGUCUUAGGGAUCUGAACAUAGGGACAAAAGACACAAUAUCUGUGAGGUAA